CGUGGAAAUGCCCUUUAAAUAAGGUAAUCGUACUGUUUAUAGUUGUCCUUUUGACUGAGAGGAAAUAAAAGCAACUUGCAACUAUUGAAUUGAAAUCCUGAAAGCAUCGAAAUGAAGCCUGUGACUGAAAAGGAGGUGCCAGAUUGUGAACAUUCACAUAUUGUGGGUGAUCAGGGGUCAGAGUCCACCACAAAUGACAAAGGUCCCACAAAGGAGGAUGUAGAGAUUCUGGUGCUGAACCAAGUGGAGGAAUCAUUUGGGUACUUUUGCCAUAGACUGAAAUAUACAAAGAAACAUAUUCAGAUGACUGAUGAAAGUCCUUCAGAUACUGAUACAAACACAGAACGAUCUGUCUCUGCCCCCUCGAAAAGAUGUAAUACACCUGAUAAUACGUUCAGCUGUAAACUCUGUGGCAAGGAGUUCGGCAAAAGAUCAAACCUGGUUUGUCACAUGCGAAUACACACAGGAGAGACUCCGUUCAGCUGUGAACUGUGUGGGAAAGCGUUUCGACGUUCAGACUGGCUUAAAUCACACUUCAAAAUCCACAUGGGUGAGAAACGUCUGAUUGUGAAGCGCUUUGUUUGUGAUCAGUGUGGGAUGAAGUUCGAUCGCUCCACCUCACUCGAAAGUCAUAUAAGGAAACACAAUGGCAAGAGACCGUUUUCCUGCUCGCUCUGUGAGAAGAUGUUCUUCAGUCCGCAAAAUCUCAGCCGCCACCAUCUUGAUUGUCACUCUGAGAAAAAGUUUAAUUGCGCCAUGUGUGGACACAGUUUUGCACGCUUGGGUACAUUGCAGAAACACACACGGAUUCACACUGGAGAGAAACCUUUCUCCUGUUCAGAGUGUGGAAAAACAUUUCCUUAUAAACACUCGCUGGCAAUGCAUAAUAAACUGCACUCAGACAAAUGUUGACCUGAUAUUUAUUGUCAGGUUAAUAAUUUUCAGAAUAAUUAUACACGGCAUUCUUUAAGUCUGGAAGAAAAAUAAACUACCCAGUGUCAGUGUAAAUAAUUUGUUUAUUUAUAACAUCUGAUAUAGUUCUUAAUAUUCUAUUUUAGUCCUAGUUAUAUGUAAUAUGGCACAGAUUAUGAAUUAAAGUUGAGUCUGUAAUUUAAGUCUUGAGAAUUUGUAUUCAUUAGUCAAUUAAAAGUAUUUGUCAUAAAUGGAUGAGAUACAGUUUGUUGUAAAUGGUUAGAAAAAUAAAUGCCCUC